AUGAAGGAAAUUGAUCGGUGCCCGCUACUUCUACAAUGGGUACGUCGCGGACGGGGGAACCUCAACUCAAGCGACUACACGCCGCGCGACAAUGAUGGCCACGGGAGCCACACCCUGUCGACAGCUGGCGGCAACUUUGUUCCUGGGGCCAACGUCUUCGGCUACGGCAAUGGCACCGCCAAGGGUGGGUCCCCCAUGGCCCGCGUGGCAGCCUACAAGGUCUGCUGGCCCGUCAUAGAAGAAGGAGAGUGCUUUGAUGCUGACAUCAUUGCGGGCUUCGACAUGGCAAUCCACGAUGGGGUUGACGUGAUCUCGGCUUCUCUAGGUGGUUCCGGUGGCCAAUUUUUUGUAGACGGUGUUGCCAUUGGGUCGUUUCACGCAGUGAGUCAUGGGAUUGUGGUCGUUUGCUCAGCAGGAAAUUCGGGGCCAGACCCCGGUACAGUUUCAAAUAAUGCACCUUGGCCCAUCACGGUUGCUGCAAGCACCAUGGAUCGAACAUUUCCUAGCUAUUUAAUAUUAGGGAACAAGAAAUACGAGGGACAAAGCCUUUCAAUAAAAUAUCUUCCAGAGGGAAAGUUGUUCACCAUAAUUUAUGCCAAAUAUGCAAAUGCCACUAACGCAACAGCGGAACAAGCGGAGUUGUGUGAACCUAAUUCUCUGGAUGCUAAUAAGGUGAGAGGGAAGAUCUUGGUUUGUCUAAGGGGAAUCACUGCAAGGGUCGACAAGGGCAGGCAAGCCGCCUUAGCUGGUGCUGUGGGAAUGGUUUUAGCAAACGAUGAGGCCUUUGGGAAUGACAUCAAAGCCGAAGCUCAUGUCUUGCCAGCUACACAUAUCAGUUACAAAGAUGGAGUUGCUCUCUUAACUCAAAUGAAUAAAACAAGGUCUCCCAAGGCCCGUAUCACCAAACCAAUAACUCUUUUAGACACAACACCAGCGCCAGUAAUGGCAGCUUUUUCAUCGCAAGGGCCAAAUCCCGUUAUGCCGGAAAUUCUCAAGCCGGAUAUCACGGCACCAGGAGUUAGUAUCAUAGCCGCAUAUACUGGAGCGGUUGGACCGACAGGCCAAGACUUUGACAAGCGACGUGUGCCCUUCAAUUCUAUUUCGGGUACUUCAAUGUCUUGCCCACACGUUGCUGGGGUCGUCAGCCUUUUGAAGAAGCUCUACCCAAAAUCGAGCCCGGCUGCCAUUAAGUCUGCCAUCAUGACCACUGCAAGUACAAUCGACAACACUUGGAACCCAAUCACCAAUAACAGCAACGCGAAAGCUACGCCGUUAAAUUACGGAGGAGGACACAUUGAUCCGAACCGGGCAAUGGACCCUGGACUCGUUUACGAUUUACAAACAACAGAUUACCUCGACUUGUUAUGUGCACUCGUUCCCUUCUUCAAUGGCCCAGUCACCGUGACAAGGAAGGUAAAAAAUGUAGGUGCACCGGGCACUUACAAAGCCUUUUGUAGCCCGGAUGGAAUAUCAGUAAAAGUCGAGCCGGAUGAGCUGGAAUUUAAUUUUGUUGGGGAGGAGAAAGGAUUCAACAUUACAAUACAGCCUAAAAAAUAUGGUGGUAGCAAAGAUUAUGUAUUUGGGGAGCUGACAUGGUCUGACGGUCAUCAUAAGUCAUAUGUGGUGUACUUGGGAGGUCAUUCACAUGGAAAAGAAGCCACACAAGCUGAUUAUGAUAGAGUCACCCAGUCUCAUUAUGACUUUCUAGGGUCAUUCUUGGGCAGUAGAGACAAGGCCAAAGCUGCCAUUUUUUACUCUUACACUCGACACAUCAAUGGAUUUGCUGCAACUCUCGAAGAAAAUGAAGCACUUCAAAUAUCCAAUCAUCCAAACGUUAUAUCCGUAUUCUUGAAUAGAGGAAGAAAGUUACAAACCACGAGGUCGUGGAGUUUUCUCGGUCUCGAAAACGACGACGGAGAAAUUCCUGCCUACUCUUUAUGGAAUAAGUCCAGAUUGGGUGAAGAUGUCAUCAUCGCCAAUCUUGACUCGGGUUUGAAAUUGAUCGGUGCCCGCUACUUCUACAAUGGGUACGUCGCGAUCGGGGGACACCUCAACUCAAGCCACUACACGCCGCGCGACAAUGUUGGCCACGGGAGCCACACCCUGUCGACAGCUGGCGGCAACUUUGUUCCUGGGGCCAACGUCUUCGGCUACGGCAACGGCACUGCCAAGGGUGGGUCCCCCAUGGCCCGCGUGGCUGCCUACAAGGUCUGCUGGCCCACCAUAGAAGAAGGAGAGUGCUUUGAUGCUGACAUCAUUGCGGGCUUCGACAUGGCAAUCCACGAUGGGGUUGACGUGAUCUCGGUUUCUCUAGGUGGUGCCGGUGGCCAAUUUUUUGAAGACGGUGUUGCCAUUGGGUCGUUUCAUGCAGUGAGUUGUGGGAUUGUGGUCGUUUGCUCUGCAGGAAAUUCGGGGCCAGACCCGGGUACGGUUUCAAACAAUGCACCUUGGCCGAUCACGGUUGGUGCAAGCACCAUGGAUCGAACAUUUCCUAGCUAUUUAACAUUAGGGAACAAGAAAUAUGAGGGACAAAGCCUUUCAAACAAAUUUCUUCCAGAGGGAAAGUUGUUCACCAUAAUUUAUGCCAAAUAUGCAAAUGUCACUAACGCAACAGCGGAAGAAGCGGAGUUGUGUGAACCUAAUUCUCUGGAUGCUAAUAAGGUGAGAGGGAAGAUCUUGGUUUGUCUAAGGGGAAUCACUGCCAGGGUCGACAAGGGCAGGCAAGCCGCCUUAGCUGGUGCUGUGGGAAUGGUUUUAGCAAACAAUGAGGCCUCUGGGAAUGAUAUCGAAGCCGAUGCUCAUGUCUUGCCAGCUACACAUAUCAGUUACAAAGAUGGAGUUGCUCUCUUAACUCAAAUGAAUAAAACAAGGUGUCCCAUGGCUCGUAUCACCAAUCCAAUAACUCUUUUAGACACAAAGCCAGCGCCAGUAAUGGCAGCUUUUUCAUCGCAAGGGCCGAAUCCCAUUAUGCCGGAAAUUCUCAAGCCGGAUAUCACGGCACCAGGAGUUAGUAUCAUAGCCGCAUAUAGCGGAGCGAAUGGGCCGGCAGACGAAGACUUUGACACCCGACGUGUGCAGUUCAAUUCUAUAUCGGGUACUUCAAUGUCUUGCCCACACGUUGCUGGGGUCGUCGCCCUUUUGAAGAAGCUCUACCCAAAAUGGAGCCCGGCUGCCAUUAAGUCUGCCAUCAUGACCACUGCAAGUACAAUCGACAACACUUGGAACCCAAUCACCAAUAACAGCAACGCGAAAGCUACGCCGUUCAAUUACGGAGGAGGACACAUUGAUCCGAACCGGGCAAUGGACCCUGGACUCAUUUACGAUUUACAAACAACAGAUUACCUCAACUUCUUAUGUGCACUCGGUUAUAAUCAAACCCAGAUUAAGUUGUUCUGGAAAAAAUCAAUCACUUGUCGCAAGCCGAAUAUUAGACUCAUCGACUUCAACUACCCCUCGCUCACAGUUCCCUUCUUCAAUGGCCCAGUCACCGUGACAAGGAAGGUAAAAAAUGUAGGUGCACCGGGCACUUACAAAGCCUCUGUUUGUAGCCCAGAUGGAAUAUCAGUAAAAGUCGAGCCGGAUGAGCUGGAAUUUAAUUUUGUUGGGGAGGAGAAAGGAUUCAACAUUACAAUACAGCCUAAAAAAUAUGGUGGUAGCAAAGAUUAUGUAUUUGGGGAGCUGACAUGGUCUGACGGUCAUCAUAAGUCAUAUGUGGUGUACUUGGGAGGUCAUUCACAUGGAAAAGAAGCCACACAAGCUGAUUAUGAUAGAGUCACCCAGUCUCAUUAUGACUUUCUAGGGUCAUUCUUGGGCAGUAGAGACAAGGCCAAAGCUGCCAUUUUUUACUCUUACACUCGACACAUCAAUGGAUUUGCUGCAACUCUCGAAGAAAAUGAAGCACUUCAAAUAUCCAAUCAUCCAAACGUUAUAUCCGUAUUCUUGAAUAGAGGAAGAAAGUUACAAACCACGAGGUCGUGGAGUUUUCUCGGUCUCGAAAACGACGACGGAGAAAUUCCUGCCUACUCUUUAUGGAAUAAGUCCAGAUUGGGUGAAGAUGUCAUCAUCGUCAAUCUUGACUCGGGUUUGAAAUUGAUCGGUGCCCGCUACUUCUACAAGGGGUACGUCGCGCACGGGGGACACCUCAACUCAAGCGACUACACGCCGCGCGACUAUGACGGCCAUGGGACCCACACCCUGUCGACAGCUGGCGGCAACUUUGUUCCUCGGGCCAACGUCUUCGGCUACGGCAACGGAACCGCCAAGGGUGGGUCCCCCAUGGCCCGCGUGGCAGCCUACAAGGUCUGCUGGCCCAUCAUUGAUGAUGGAGAUUGCUUUGAUGCUGACAUCUUGGCGGGCUUCGACAUGGCCAUCAGCGAUGGGGUCGACGUACUCUCAGUCUCCCUAGCUGGAGAUGGCAGUAUCGAGUAUUUUAUGGAUGCCUCAAUCAUCGGGUCGUUUCACGCGGUGAGUAAAGGGAUUGUGGUCGUCUUCUCGGGUGGAAAUGCGGGGCCGUUCCCUGCUACGGUGUUGAAUGUUGCGCCUUGGAAGAUCACGGUUGGCGCAAGCACCAUUGAUCGGAAAUUUCCUAGCUAUUUAAAGAUAGGGCACAAGACUUACGAGGGACAAAGCCUUUCAAAAAAAUCGCUUCCACCGCGAAAGUUGUUCCCGAUAAUUUAUGCGAGAUAUGCGAAUGCCGCCAACGCAACAGCGGAACAAGCGUAAGCCCCCUCAAUUAUAAAAAAUAAAAAGGAAUAUAAAAAAUAGAAGGAAUAACGUGUUCGCUCCUAUGGAUCUACGUUGUAUAUGAGUCAAGUUGAGUUCGAAUCCUUGAUACUUAAGCUUGGAGCUCAACUCAUUCACCAAAACUAAUAAGUUAAACUCGAGUGUUAAUGAGGUAAGCUUAUGAGUGACUUUUUUUUAUUUAAUAACUCUAAAUGAAUCUAGCAAUGUCCACCAGUUCCCAUCUUCUGCCAAAAAAUAUAUAUAUGACGAUUUCUCCAAUAUUUACCUGUCUUUUGUAGGCACAUUAAAAUGUGCUUACCAGCUAUGCGUCCAUAUCUCGUGAUAUUUAAAUAUUAUAUCCACUGUUUGGUAUGCUAAUCUCCCGUUAUAUCAGCUGGUGAAUGUGUUAACUUAUGUAAAUAUAAGCAGGAGGCAUAGCGGAACUAAACAUUGAAAAGAAAAUGCUAUAAAAAUAAAAGUGAACAACUAAUCCAUACUUUCACAGGCCCAGCAAGCUCUUUAGUAAAGGGCCAGAAAAAAUACACUUGUGAAGUGAAGAUUGCUAGGGCCCAAAGAGAGUUAUAAAUCGGUCGGCCUGCUUAUUACUUCGAUUCAUCUAGGAUACUACACAUGUUGAGGUCCUUUUCAAUCUAUAGAGGCCCUUUCUAUUUAUUUUUCAACUCUCCUUUCUCCAUUUCGAUGAUAUAUGUGAACAUGAGCCUUGAUAGGUAGGUGAAAAGACGAUUUUUGUACACCAUAACAAAGGUUUUCCUCUAUGAUUUUAGUUGGACUGUUUCAUGUAAUUAAAUUUUGUUUAUAAUUUAUUUAUUUUAUAUUA